CAUCUGGGCUUCUUUGAAACAGUUCUGUGUUGUACAGCAUUGCUUGGUCUUACAUGUGAUGCUACAGAAGGAGAUACAUUACAGGAUCGCCGUGCAAGUAUAGCAUGUGAACCGGAGGUAGAGAUGAAAGGAAUGGAUGGAGAGAAAGAAUGAGUCACGAUACAGAGAGCGAGAAUAGAAAAAGAGGGACGAGAGAGGGAGAAACGCACCGAGACCGUCCGACGUAGAAAGUGGGAUGUCACAUGGCAAGAAGGAGGGAGGAUGAGUGGCAGACACGCAGCAAGAAAAAGCGAGAGGGAGAGUGCGAGGCAGUAAGCCGGUUGUUUCCCUCAUGAGUUUGCACAGCGCAGACAACCCUGCCUCUUUCUGUGCUACGUCACAGCAGAGCUGAGUGGAGGGAGCAGGACUACGCUGAUGCUGACAGGAGGAGAGGAACACUUGAGCCUGCCAGAAGCCGGCUGCUGCAUCUUGUCAGUGGAUCUCUUAUUAACAUCAAGGAGCUCUUUUUGUUUUCUCUUUUAACCCUCACUGUGAGAUUGCCUAAAGAGAUAAUGGGCUGGACUUGUACAGCCAUAAGGGCUUCCUGCUGUUCCUGACUCUCGAGACCUUUUGGACUAUUUUCCAUCUUUUGGCUCCCAUCACUCACUGAGCCGUGACGGCAAGAACUGCUGUCAUUUGUAGGAUACAGCUGAGCCUUUACUUUGGAGGUCAAGUGGAUUUCAGACUGGAUCAAAUGGAUUACAUUAAACAAACCCUAAACUCAACUAAAAGGACUUAGAACUAAAUCACAUUGAUUCUAGAGGUCUCUUAGGCAAAUGGACUUAAUCAGGACUCCUUGAAGUCUGAACUCUCUAUUGGUCCAAGUUCACUCUCUUUAACCUGUAUGUGGAUGUUCGAGUCAUCUUAGCAAUUCUUUAUCAAAAAUCUUAUUGUAAUACUUUGACUGCAGAUGCAGAGCAUCUGUGCUUGUAGAACAUUGUGACCUAUGAAUCAGAAAUGGUGUUAAUGAUUGUGUUCCCCAGUGGUGCUGACAAAUAUCUCACCACUGCUGACUCACUACUGGGCCAAAGAUGCCUCGCUCCAUUGCCCUCAAGUCAGAGUUAAAGCCUUCAAUUUUGAUUUUUGCUUUGAAAAAGAAGUAUUUUAUUUAAAGACAUGGAAAAGUCACAAGUAUCUGACUUGCUUGACUAGAUUUCCACUUCUGAGCAUCUGAAGACAAAGCAGCAGCUGAUUGCUUAUAUCUUCAGUUUUCUUUGAUCAUAAUUGUAAAAAGCUGAUUGUGUUACUUUUGUAUUGCCGAGAAUGAUUCAAGUAAUGGCUGUCAUAUUUUUGUAAGCCCUCGAGAGUGGAACAACAAUGCCUUCAUAAAUCCAGUCUCUCUUGAAGAGUGGCCUUCGUGAGUGCUUGAAACAUUUGCCCUUUGCUUGUUUAAAUCAAGGACAACAGCAUUGAUUGGUUUCUUCUUCAGUGCUCACCCUGGUUACUUCUGGUGAAACACAAGUCAGGCUUUUUGGACAUAACAGAAGCUGAUUUUUUUGCUUUUAUUUGGAUUGAAUUCACAGUCACCAUGGGAUAACUAUACAUUGAACUAAGUUCUUAAAGUAACCCCUUAUUCAAGAUGGUGGUGACUCAUCUGGAGCUGGAACUGCGUUACCAGGGCAAGAAGUUACGUGGCGUGACGUGGAAGCUGACUCGAUCAGAACAUGGUUUCCUGCCAGAGAGCUCUUGGCUCAUUGCUGCACAGGUUAUAGUGCCGUACCUGGUCUCAGGACUUGGAAUGGUUUCUGCUGGAAUCGUUAUGGACCUUAUACAACACUGGGAAGUGUUUAAGGUCAUCACGGAGAUUUUUAUCCUGGUCCCUGCUCUGGUUGGACUCAAAGGCAACCUUGAGAUGACCCUGGCUGCUCGCCUCUCUACUGCUGCCAACACCGGACAAAUGGACGACCCUGAUAAACAGUGGACCAUGGUGUGCAGCAAUCUAGCCCUUAUACAGGUUCAAGCCACAGUGGUGGGUUUCCUCGCAGCAGUUGCAGCCAUUUGUUUAGGGGCGAUUUCUAGAGGAGGUGUAGAACUGGAUCAGGCAGCCGUCCUUUGUGCCAGCAGCAUCACCACCGCCUUUGUAGCUGCUCUGUCCUUAGGCCUGGUGAUGAUCGGAGUGAUCAUUGGCUCCAGGAAGGUGGGGAUCAACCCUGACAACGUGGCCACCCCCAUUGCUGCCAGUCUGGGGGAUUUGAUCACUCUGUCCCUGCUGGCAGGGGUCAGCACCACGCUGUAUGAAUAUAUGGAUAUAUGGUACCUGUCUCCCCUGGUGUGCCUGAUCUUCAUAGCUCUGAUCCCACUCUGGGUGGUGGUGGCCCGACAGAGCCCUCAGAUCAGAGAGGUUCUCCGCUCAGGGUGGCAGCCUGUCAUAGUGGCCAUGUCCAUUAGCAGUUUUGGAGGCCUUAUACUGGACAAGACAGUGAGUGAUCCCAACUUUGAGGGGAUGGCUGUCUUUACACCUGUCAUUAAUGGAGUGGGUGGUAACUUGGUGGCCAUUCAGGCUAGCAGGAUUUCGACCUACCUGCACUUUUGGAGCAUCCCUGGGGUGCUGCCCUACAAGAUGAGGCAGCACUGGCCCAACCCCUGCAUCACCUUCUUCUCCUCAGGAGUGAACUCCAAGUCAGCACGAGUGCUGCUGUUCCUGGUUAUACCUGGUCACCUGGUCUUCCUCUACGCCAUCUCUCUGCUGCAGGGAGACGAGGCUCCCAUCAGUGUAGCCUUUACCAUCUGCUACCUAUGUGCUGCUCUGCUACAGGUGGCGAUCCUCCUGUAUGUUGCUGAUCUUAUUGUUCGUUUGAUGUGGAGACGGAGUCUGGACCCCGACAAUUUCUCCAUCCCCUACCUGACCGCCCUCGGAGACCUGCUGGGCACCGGCUUCCUGGCUCUCUGUUUCCGUUGCGUCUCAUUGGUUCACAGCUUGGGUCUUUAAGUUUUUUUCCUCACAAAGCCCUAAACUCCUACCUAACCACUGUCUUAGUGCACCGAUUUGUUGCAUUUACAGAAAUGCUUUUGAUUGGACAAUAAAGCAUUUUCUGAUCUUCAUCAUUGGGCCAGUUCAUACCAAGGAAUCCAUCUUUGUCACAAAUUUGAACCUGUUGGAGGGACACCCACACAUUUACACUCAUCCAUCAGGGUGAAGGUUUUUCCUCCUGAGCACAUUCAUGUUCAACUUCACAACCAAACUAUUUUUUUUGUGAGCAAAAGACUUUUACAUCUGCCCUUCAGAACAUCUCUUACAGCAUAUUGAACUUAGUUUAUAAUCAUUCCACAUUAUAUGUUCUCCUGUAGAAACUAAAUUUAACUUGUGUGGCCCUUCGUCUCAGCACAUCAGAGGAAUAUGUAGCAAUUUAUCAUAACAGCAAGACAACAUAGCAGCAUAUCGACUGUGGAGUCCGGUAGAAUUUUCUUUUUUUUUUUUUUUCAAAUGGCCUUUACUGUGAACAGUUGGUCUGUUUGUGGACAUUUAUUUGAAGUGGAUAGAACAAAAACACCCACAUGUGGAUGGGCUGUACUAUGCAUAUAUGCUGGACAUUACAGAGGCUGACAUAUCAUACUCUAACUGGAAUUUUCAUGGAUGUCGGUUCAAUAUAUGAGUGUGGAAUCAUCAUUACUUGUUUAGACUGAAUGGUACAGAUGCCGCUUUCAUGCACAUGAAAUUAAGUGCAGGGGAAUGUUUUGUCACCUCGUGUAAAACAUCUGAUCUCCGUUAUUUUUUCAUAGAAUGUACUUAAUCGAACCAAUAUCCUCCAUUUUCAUGCUGCAUUCUUCAAAUUCUUUCUUUUGCAGUAGCAAGACAGACGGAAGAUGAGGAAGGUGUGGUUAGACUUUAAGAAUGGUUCAUUGGAGAACCAUUGACUUAUGCUUUAGCAAAAUGAGGUAAAGAGACAAACAGAACCACAAAGAGUGAGGAAAGGAAGUUCUUUAUAUCUUUAAAUGUGUUUGUGUUCACAAUCCCUAGAUUGUAUUUGACACCUUCUGGCACACAUAGCUAGAAUGAAGAGUUUAUCGUGCCUGGAAUAAAAUCAAAAUGAGCUGAAAGAUUUUUUUUUUUCAGGAGCUAUGUUAUGUUUUGGAACAUUCAGUGUCUUUUGCUUAGAGUUACUCUACUGUUCAAAAGUUUGGGGUCACUUAGAAAUGUCCUCAUUUUUGGAAAAAAAAUCAUUUUUUUCAGUGAAGAUAGCAUUAAAUUAUUCAGAAAUACUGUUUAGACAUUUUAAUAUGGUAAAUGAUUAUUCUAGCUGGAAACGGCUGAUUUUUAUUGGAGUAUCUCCAUAGGGGUACAGAGGAACAUUUCCAGCAACCAUCACUCCUGUCUUCUAAUGCUACAUUGUGUUAGCUAAUGGUGUUGAAUUGAUUGGUGAUGAUUAGAAAACCCUUGUGCAAUUAUGUUAGCACAUGAAUAAAAGUGUGAGUUUUCAUAGAAAACAUGAAAUUGCCUGGGCGACCCCAAACUUUUGAACAGUAGUGUACAUGAGAAUAUCAAAGACAUUUGUAUUUGUACACUAAAUUUGAAACUACUAAUUAAUUAUUACAACCAGUUAUAUUCCAGUUGCCAUGCGACUAGCAAAAUGUUUCUGAAGUAAAUGAGAAUACCUCUAUUUCCCAAAAUGUCAAUCGUUUCUUUUAAAAUUUGGACACGGUUUUGUGAAUGAUAAAGCAACAACAGCAGUUCUCUGCACACAUGCUCCUCUUUCUCCAGUGUGGAGAAGACAGUUUAACAGCAACUCACCAGAAUACCAACCGGGCACAAGUGGGAGAGGAGUGAUUUGUGCCGAGCUCAGACUCCAGAAGAUCUAAUAUGCAGAUGAUGUAUUGCUUUUGUUGCGCAUAGAUUAGGCAAAUACUAGGUCAAACCUGGCUCCACACAUUUACACUCAUCCAUCAGAGUGAGGGAUGGGUGUAAAUGCUGACACUUACUAACAUUACAAUAAUAAGUCUAAGGAAGGACAUUGUUCUUCUACAUCACAUCAGAAAUAGCAAAAUUCCCAAACACCACCUGUGUUCCAAAACACUGUGAAACCAGAAAAUGUCCCCACCACUCUCUGCGUGUAUAGCGAUCUCAAAUAAUUCGAAAUUUAUUUUAAAAUAUUUUAUUUAUUAUGAAUUUUGUGCUGCUGCUUAAUGUACACUAAAAGAAACAGACAACAGUGAACUGACGCAGGAAACUUCUAUAAGUGUUAGUUUUUUCCAGCACUACAUUCUGCAGAGGGUCUUGGGUAUCCACUCACUAUGCGAUCCUGGCAGUCCCUUUAACGGCGUGUUGACAAAGCCUUACUGUUCAUUGUGAAGUUUUCAGAACCACGUAACCUCAUCAUUAAGCCAUGAGUGCAUAUACAUGCACACAUUACUCUGAAAGGUGUGUUCAGACAGAAAGCGAAAGCCUUGCAUCAUUUGCACAAAUACGACCGCGAGAUUUUUGUUCAGGUCAGCCUCCAACUGAACUCAGAAGGCCCCCUUAUUGUCUAGGUUUUAUUCCCUCCUCUGCUUCUUCUUUUUCCUCGUGUCUCUGCAUUUAUUAAGCAAAUUCUUAGAAGGCCAGGAUGCUCUGAAAUAAUUUGCUUGAGUUGAGACUUUUUCAGCCCACGCGGAUGCAUUUACAUCACCCAGAGGGGGAUUUGCAUGCAGUCUAAGAUUGGCCUUGCAUCCUGUGUGAGCACACUGCACUCUUAAUUCAUUUAAAUUCACAUUAAAGCAGCCUGACAACCAAACAUAUGUUCAUUUAUAGUAGCUGACAAACAAUGAUUAGCAAAAACUGCUAAAUUCCCAGUUAUCAGGCUCUAUAUUAUUGUCAUGAUACUCCAGUUACAUUUCUUGUGGGUCUUUGGUUUCUGCUUCAUAAUUUACACAAGAUGUCAAAAUCAGAUUGAAACACAAACGUGUGUAAAUGCACUCAUUGAAUCACAUGGAACAUUUUUUACUGCUUACUGUUACGAGCUGUGCUGAUUUUUCAAGAAAACCUCAAAUACUGAGGAUUUUUCUGGGAACAGCCUGUUUUGGAAUUGACUGAAUAUUUAUGUGAGGUACGUCAGUAUGUGCUUGGCUAAAAGCUUAUUUUGUGACACUGUUACACACUUAGAAGGUAAAUGACCUAUAGACCUGUACUUGAAUCACAGUGUGUUUCACUUGAGCUUACUAUUUAAGAUCUGUGUGUUUACUGUGAUACUGUGGCAAUUCGACCACAGCUAGGGUUGUGUUGCACCAGCACGUUAGCGUUCUGGGCUGGACGAUAAAACUUUAGCGUGUGUUGUUCUCAGUUUGCACAUUUACAUAGAUGACAAUGAAUGUAAUAAUAAGCUUUCUCAGAAAAUACAUUACAUUUAUUGACAUGAUUGUGUUUGCUCACUUCGGAUGUUUGUCCUCGUUCAGCAGUGAUCUGGGUUAUCAGCUGGUUAUACUAUAUGUUAGAGGUCACCGGUUUCUGUUAAAAUACGGUUAACAUGUGACCGAGAGAGUUUCUUUGAAAUUUACACUACCAUUUAAAAGUUUGGGGUCACUUAGCAAUGUCCUUAUUUUUGAAAGAAAAGCUGUUUUUGUCAAUGAAGAUAACACUGAAUUACUCAGAAAUCCAGUCUAGAUGUUGUUAAUGUGUUACAUGACUAUUCGAGCUGGAAACGGCUGAUUUUUAAAUCUUCAUAGGAGAACAGAGGAACAUUUCCAGCAACCAUCACUCCUGUGUGCUAAUGCUACAUUGUGUUAGCUAAUCAGCUCAUUGGUGAUUAGAAAACCCUUGUGCAAUUUUGUUAGCACAUGAAUAAAAAUGUGAGUUUUCACACACAAAAUUGCCUGGGUGACCUCAAACUCCUAAAUGGUAAUGUAUGUGUCUCCAUAUAAGUUGGUAAGAAGUACAUAGUGAUGGUCAUUGAAAUGGAUGAUCCAAAGUUUUGGGAAAUAUGUUUAUCCAUUUGAUUUCCAAUGAAAACCCACUGACUUUUCUAAAAAUGCAGGUAACUAAACAGGUAGUCCUGGAAUAUGACCUUUCACAGCAGAAUGUCAUGUGGUUCAGGUGGUAGGGCGGGUUGUCUGCUAAUCACAGAGUUGGCUGUUCGCUGAACCCCAAGUUGUUCCCGUUGGUUGGCUAGUAUUUCAUAUUUGCUCUGCAGCCAUUGGUGUGCCAACGGGUGAAUAAGAAACAUGAUAAAGAUUGCGCUCAGUCUUGCUAAAAUUUGUUUUGGACCAACAAGUUCGGGAAGCAAAUCCAGUAAUGCUGAUUGGCACCCUCUUUGACGCCUUCCUUUAGAGGUUUUCUGGUGUCUGUUGGUGUUCAGAUUUCAAUGAAACAAAUGCAAUGAUCUGUAAAACUAAAAAGUUCUCAUAGGCAGAAUUUUUCAAACUCUGACAAAGGAAGGCUGACUUUUCACCUAAUCUAAAUCAUCUUAACUUUUGGCAAGAAAGCAAACCAUAGACUGCUUAUAAACGAUGGAGUUAGCCUCUGGGUCUGAAGAGUGAAGCCAAUGAGGAAGUGCCUUACACCUGCAUUCUCUAUAACAACCAGCAGGGGCAACUCCUCGAUAUAAUAACAGGUCUGCUUGUAUCAAAGUCUAUAAGGAAAUAAAGGUUCUCUCUUGAUUUGUUCCCUCAGUAAACAGUUUCCUCAUGUGUUUAUGGUCUUAAUCAUUAGUUUCAAGACUUUUUAAAUACAGCAUAGAAUUAAUUUUGGAAACUCUGGUCCCAUUUAGAGUAAAAUAGACGAUAAAUGUUACAUUUUAGUGCGGGGCUGCCUCGUGAUUGACAAAUUACUGCUAUAUAACCAUGCAGUGUUGUGUUUAGUGCCAGUGAGUUCUCAAUCAAACAGCCCCUUCUUGCUCAUUAAACGAUUAAAAAGACCAAAAUGGCAAAGGUCCAGGUUCAAAGUGAAGGCUUCACAGUGGCGAUCCACAAGUCUGUGGACGACAUCACAGUUGCUACAUCCAUCUUUUAUAUCCAGUCUAAGAAGCAAAAAUGACAGAUUCUUUCUUCAAAUGUUGAAUUUCUUCUUCUGUGGUUUAUCAUCCAGCCCAAUAGAUCAGUUUUUUUUAAAAAAAGAGUAUGAUACCGAAGUAUCUAACUGCAAACUUGCACUUGUGUUCUAUUAGUAGUCUAAAGUUGCCUUGAAAACAAAAUUUAUGUCAACUGUGUGGUAAUUAACAUCUGCAACCAUGUCAACGUAAAGAAAAGACGCAUUAUUUGAAUGUUCCAACUGUCCUUUCUCUUUUUGUUUCAGUGGGUCAAACUUUGUACUGUACUUCAAUGUUGACACUGCCACAGUAACCCUUUGAUACGCAGUGUGGGUCAGGAGAUACCCUUUUCCAUUGGAUUUGGGUCAUUUUUGACCCAUGUUGUGCAUCAAAGGGUUGAGAAUCUAGGGACUUUUUAAAAUGCCUUUAUUUUCUAAUCUCCCUGUGUUCACUGUCGCCUGAGCUUCCACACCCACAGCGUGUUGUCUUAUGUGUACACAAAGGUGAAGUGUGAAAUCAAAAGCGUUUGGUGAGUGUCUACGUGAUUUUGUGGCUAUGAACAAUUCUAUUUUAAUAAAAACUAACAGUGGA